CCAGCUUCUCACGGAAUGGACGGAGCUCUCCCCCGGGCUUAUGGAGCUGUAGCCUCCCAGAGGCUGCCUUACGACCCAAGCUAUGACCCCAGCUCAGCCUUGGUGGCUGCCACACCUGGAGUGACCUCCAGCCUGCCUCUUCACCAUCCCAGUGCUGCAGACCCCAAGAAGAUGGUGGACCCUUCCUUCCUGGCUUUCCUGCGAUCUGAAGGCUUGGCUGAGAGCACUAUCACUCUCCUGCUGCAACAUGGCUUUGAUUCCACUGCCACGCUGGGGAUGAUGGAGGACCAUGAUGUCCGCUCUGUGGCCCCUAACUUGGCCCAGGCCCGCGUAUUGUCCCGUGUGGUGCUUAGUUGCAAGACAGGUGGGACAGCACCGCGUACACGAUCCAACAGCUUCAGCCAUCGCAAUGACCUCUACAUGCAGCCCCAGGGUUUGACCAUGGACCCCAACCUGAUGCAGCAACCUCCCACCACAAUUCAGACCAUGUCCCCCAGGAUGGGAGAAUUUCUUGGCAGAAGACCCAGCAGCGCACCCUCCCAGCACCUCCUGGAGACCACCACCUACCCAGCAGCACGGCCCCUGGCAAGUGGAGCUUUUCCAGUCAGCCCUGGAGGAUAUGGCAAUGCUGUGACUCAGGGAAGACCCUUCUCCAUGUACAAUGCCCACACUGGUCUUGCCAUGUCUGCUCUUGGACAACAGCCUCCACCAGCCCCGGGCACCCCUGGAGCUGCACCCAAAACCUUCUCAGGCUCUUAUUCCCCAAUGGAGCUGAUGAAGAGAGCCCCCAACCUUCCCCCAGCAUCGCCAGUAGCAGCGCCAAGCCCCCUUCACAGCCCCCAACUUCUUCGGAAAGGAAUCAGUGCUGCCUCUGAGAGUACCAUUGUUCCUGCUACCUCUUCCUCCAAUCUCCAAGCGCAAAAUCUGAACAACGCCAAGAUGGUAGGACGUCGCACUGGUCCACCUGUCAUAGUCUCAACCAUGGCCACCACACCUGACACAAGUAUUCGGCCCCAAAUCAUGAACGGGCCAAUGCAUCCGCGCCCCCUAGUGGCGCUCCUUGAUGGGCGCGACUGCACCGUGGAGAUGCCCAUCCUGAAAGACUUGGCAACUGUUGCAUUCUGCGAUGCCCAGUCCACACAGGAGAUACACGAGAAGGUGCUCAAUGAGGCCGUGGGAGCCAUGAUGUACCACACCAUCACCCUGACCAGAGAGGACCUGGAAAAGUUCAAAGCUCUGCGCAUCAUCAUCCGCAUCGGCAGCGGCUACGACAACAUCGACAUCAAGGCCGCUGGAGAGCUGGGAAUCGCAGUCUGUAACAUUCCCUCGGCCGCUGUGGAGGAGACGGCGGACUCCACCCUGUGCCACAUCCUCAACCUUUACCGGCGAAACACCUGGCUCUACCAGGCUCUCCGGGAGGGCACGCGGGUCCAGAGUGUGGAGCAGAUCCGCGAGGUGGCGUCAGGCGCCGCCCGCAUCCGUGGCGAAACCCUGGGCCUCAUCGGCUUCGGUCGUUCAGGCCAGGCGGUGGCGGUGAGAGCCAAGGUUUUCGGCUUCAACGUCAUCUUCUACGACCCCUACCUGCAGGACGGCCUGGAGCGCUCGCUGGGAGUCCAGCGUGUCUACACCCUGCAGGACCUGCUCUACCAGAGCGACUGCGUCUCCCUGCACUGCAACCUGAACGAACACAACCACCACCUCAUCAACGACUUCACCAUCAAACAGAUGCGUCAGGGUGCAUUCCUGGUCAAUACCGCGCGGGGAGGUCUGGUAGAUGAGAAAGCCUUGGCCCAGGCGUUGAAGGAGGGCAGGAUACGUGGAGCUGCCCUGGACGUCCAUGAGACAGAGCCCUUCACCUUUGCUCAGGGCCCACUGAAAGACGCUCCGAACCUGAUAUGCACACCACACACAGCCUGGUACAGCGAGCAGGCGUCUCUGGAGAUGAGAGAGGCGGCGGCCACCGAGAUCCGAAGAGCCAUCACCGGCCGCAUCCCAGACAGCCUAAGAAACUGCGUCAACAAGGAGUUCUUUGUCACCACGGCACCGUGGGCGGUUAUGGAUCAACCAGGUGUUCACCCUGAGCUCAACGGCGCCGCCUACAGAUACCCGCCAGGUGUGGUUGGAGUGGCUCCGGGUGGCAUCCCUGGGGCGCUAGAGGGUAUGGUCCCAGGCGGGGUGCCCAUCGCCCACACCCUGCCCUCUGGUACACACCCCUCCCAGGCCCCGUCGCCCAACCAGCCCUCCAAACACGGCGAGACCAGAGAGCACCUCACCGAGCAAUAGCAGCAGAAGGGAUACAAAUGGCGAACAUCUCAUCCGACCUGUCGACACUCAGAAAACAACCAAUCACAAAGCAACCGACCAACUGGGACCAAGAGACAGUGAAACAACACAAGCGGCUGCCUGUUAAAAUCAGUCAGCAACUGGGAACAAAGGAAGUGUUCCGAGGAAUUUGUACUUUUAACGUUUUAGUUUUUACUCUCUCUGUCUCUUUGGGUUCAGUACCGACUUUACUCUUUGAUGAUGAUGAUGUUUUUUUUUUUUUUUUUUGUUUUUUCUUCGGGACAUGCCUAUGAUUGUGGACACAGAGUCCAGUGUUUUUAGCGCUCCGGGAUAACCUGAUGAGACUCUGUCCCGUCCCUCCCUCCUUACACCUCAGAGCUCAUGGGAAACGUAGGCCUACAUCUCAACUCACCAACAGGAGAACAAGAGAAAAAAACUUUGGCAUCAUGUGCUACUGGACCUUAUCCCGCCCCUCCCCUUCUUUCCUCCCCUCCUGAUCCUCCCCACCUCUCCUCCACCCAGCUCCAACCCUCCUUAUGUAACUAAUGUGUGUUGUUUAGGCCCCUCAUUAUGCCUCAGAAGAGAAUUUUUUUUUCUUUCAAUCUUUAGUGUGAAUGACUAAAAAUGGAUUAUUGAAUUAAAUAUAUUUAUCAUUCGUCAAACAAAAGGAAAAGAUUGCUCAUCAGUUAUAGUAAUCUAGAGUGGGUUUUAACCCUUUCCUGGCAAUAAUACGUAACGACAGCUGUCACGGCUGCAGUUACAUGUUUUCACCACUCGGGGGCACUUCUACAUAGUGUGAAGGGAUUUCUUCACUUGUGACAAGGUUGCUCUUUUUUUUUUUUUUUUGAAGCUGUCAGUGGUAAAACACUAAAUAACACAUUCACUUUAUACAUUUGAUUGUAGCUGAAUUUUAACCAUGUGAAGUCAGAGGGAGCUGCCAGCGAAGUAUUUGACUUUUCUUUGUAUGUGUCCGUGUGAGUGUGGGCUGCGAGGAAGAGAACGUACCACAGUCACUGAAAUAAGGAGGACGCUGUGACUGUGAUGAUUCUUCUGUGCUGACAAACGGGACAUUUCUGAUGACAGCCUGACGGACAACCGAUCUAAUCUCUGCGGCAUACGGACGGCAACUCCCUCCCUUCUUUGAGCACAUUUCACACUCUGAAGACAGGAAAGGGUUAAAUCAAACUUCAUUUCUUAAUGACUCAGGAAAACACUUUUUUGCAGAUAUUGUUUAUUCCCAGAAUUUUGUCUUUGAGGAAAAAAAAAAAAAAAGAUAAGACUAACCAGAUUAGUCUGGAUAUUUUCUCUCCUCCCUCAUCCUAUCCAUUGUGGUAUUUUUAUAUACAAGGCGCAUCCCACGUUUUUGGUGUUAAAGAGUUUUGAAGAGUCCUGUUAGAUUUGUAUUGCCUAGUUAAAUGUUCCUAUAACCAUAGUCCUAUGUGAUCCACCCUCUCUCUUCUCCUCCUUCUUAUAUUUUCUUUGUUCUAUUGAAGGCCAGGUUCUUUGGGGCAUCCUGUACUCUGUAAGAGCAAUAGCAGAAACUCCUACUUAGUGUCCCAACAAUAGCAGAAGAGGCAGCCAGCAGUAUGUUUUUGUUUUUAGUGUGAGUAUUUGUAUUUGUUUCUUGUACAAGGUGAACAUUUAGCAUUCAGUGCAGUUCAAAUAAAAAGAUACGAUUCUGAGAACCA